AUGCUGUUCAAAGCGAGCCAGUUUACCGUCCAAGAUCUUCAGACGGUCACUGUAGACUCUGGAACAUGCAGAUUCUCGCUUCAAAAUCUCGUUAGCUCACCUUUCAUCUACUGUGACACGGCCUGGGCGUCCCGAUCCUCGAGCGUGAUCAAUAGUUGCUUCUCGAGUAAUAAUGGUGGGUUUGCCCAGGCUCACGGUUCUCUGCAAUUUGGAUACAACCCAACAUAUCAAGCCCCAGCACCAAGUACACCUCAGCAGUCUGCCAACCCGCCUGCGUCGAGCCCGAGCAGCACCAACAACAACAACAACAACGGAAGCUCGAAUAACGGGGGUGCGAAUAAUAAUAAUAAUAACAAUAACAACUCUGGAGGGAGCUCGAGUAACAACGCCGGUUCAACGCAGACAAACGGCGGCGCAAAUCCCAACCCAUCAUCAGGCUCUGUUGCCAAUGGGUCAUCCUCUGGAGAUACACGGACGGGAGGAAGUACAAGUGGUGCUGUUCUCUUUACGAGCGUCACAGUGUCUGGAAGUACGACCCUUCCGGGGGGAUCCAUAGUGGCUGCCACCAUUACACUUAGCAGUCUUUCUCUUCCAGACAUUGGUGGCUCUUCUACCAAUAACUCGGCGAACGAGAAUGCGAGUGGACAAGGAAAAUCAAAUACCCCGUACUUGAUCCCUGCCAUUGUUGGGUCAAUCUUGGGCACACUCUCCAUCCUUUUCCUCUUGCUCUUCUGUUUGUGGAGGCGCAGAAAACAAGCAAAGCUCGAAAAGGUAGCACAACAGGAGCAAAAUAUUAUGAUUGAGGUACACAAUGAACCUACGGAAGAGGUACCGUAUAACAUUGGUUCCAACCUCAAUGUGCAACCAGGUCACUAUCUUGGGGGAGAGUCACAUGAAUCUAUUACUGGCGCCGCGGGCUUGGCCAAAAUCCGAAUGGCGGCGGAGGAAGCGAGACUAGCGUCCUUGGAGCGCAGGAAUGCAAGUGGACACACUCACAACCCGUCGCUAGAAAAUGCAUCGUCGAUUACUGGAGAUACUGUCCUCUCGCCUGCGGAUUCAGCAACACCACCCUAUCGUUCACGUAGCCAUCAUCAGCGUCGAGACAGAGAGGCUAGACGGUCACCUUCGUCGGGCUCGUCAUCGGGCAGGCAUCUCCAUUGGCGAGGGGCAUUUGCCAGUGGGACAGUAGCGACCGAAUCAGGCAUCUCCCUCGUCACCCCAUCCACGUCUGGCUCAGAGUCCUCCCGGCGAUAUCCAAGCACACGUCGUCAUCGUUCUCAUCGAAGAGGAAGAGACGACGAUUCGCUUGGAUCUGGUUCUAUUUCCGCCCGUACACUUGCCCAGACUGUUGCCCCCAAUUUGAGCGAGAGGGAUAUCGAUCGGUUGGCGGAAAGUAUCGUCGCAAGGAUACACGGUCGCGAUCCAACGUUGGCAGAAAAUGGGAGAUAUGGACAUGUCGGAGCGAGGGAAAGCGUGCUGAGUGAAGGCGAAGAGGAACCGCCGCCGCCAUGGAGUGCGCCUGAGAAUAAUAGGCAGAGUUUACGUGACACCUAG